ACCAAUAAUAUCUGUUGACUGCUCUGAUUCGUUGCUUCAAUAAUUUCUGGUUCUGCUUAUUUUCCUCCAGUUUCCAACUUUCCUGUUAUAGAUAAAGUUCAUUGAAAAUAAAAAAGAAAAGGAAAUUUCAUCUGAUCAUUUUUUUUUCUAUUUAAAUUUUUGCUUGGUAAGGGAGCAAUUGUUUGAUAUCCACACAAAAAAUGCCCUCCAAAUCUCUUCACCCAGAACCUACCAUCCUUCUUCUUCAGAGAGAGGGAGAGGCGAGGGAGAAGAGGAAUAGGGAUUUUGAGAGGGGGACUGCGGGUGAAGAUUUGAUGGGUUAAUGAUGAUGAAUGGAAAAGGGUUGGAUAGAGUGAGGUGAGAGGACCCCACUUUACCUUCAUUACCAUUUGCUUCAUCCCCAUCGUCGUCAUCAUCAAUAAUCUUUGUGAUAUUGUCUUCUACGCCCCCCCACCCCCGCGGGUCCUCCCUCCUCUGUUUCUGUGUUUGUAUUUUUCCUGGAUAAUUUAUGCAGCCCUGUAUCAAGCUGUUGGAGGGUGCACCUAAUUCUGCUUGUUUUGCAACUACCCAGAUCUCCUCUCCUCCUCUCUUGUGUUUUUUUCAAAGAUCUCUGGUUGUUUCUGAUAUUGAAAUUCACCAAUCUCUAUCUGGUCAGUCCUCGGGAUUUCCAAUUUAAGAAAGCCCAUUGCCUAGUUUGAAAUUCCAGUUUUAAGUCUCUGUGUUCAUUCGAGAAGACGACCCAUUUACCUCUGUGUCCGUGUGUGUGUGUGUGUGUGUGUGUGUCUAUCUCUCGACUGAUGAGACUUCUUGAGAGUGCCUCAAGGAAAGAAGAAGCAGCUCAUUUGCUCGUGUUGGGUUUCAGUCAGGUUAUGGUGAAAUUCCUCUGUUUUUCUUCUGGUUGAAUAGACUUGGGGUGAGGAGGCGCGAGGCCCACUGCUGGGUUUGGUGGGCUUCGCCGAGCCAAUAAAAACCCACAUUCUGAAAGGUGUUGGGAGAUCUUUUUCUUCCGUACUUUUCAGAGGGUGAGAGAAAAGAGAGAAGAGAAGACAAUUCAACUUCUGCUAAUUCACCACAUUCUGAUUUUCUCUUAUGAUUUAUUUAUGCCAAACUCAGUCCAACCAAUAAGAGAAUUGCCCUUUUCUGAUGCUUUUCUUCUUCAUCACUUGCAUCUCCUUCUUCCUCCUCCACAAGUCCCUUUCUCUCAAGCCACUCCCACCAUGGACAAGUGAUGUGAGAUUGCUCUCUCUCUGGUUCUGGAAAGAUAUACCAUUCUUCUCCCUCCCUGCCUCCAUCAGAACUGCUCUUUCUGCUAGUUUCUCUCUGAUCCACUCAAAAAUGUCAUUGAAGAAGACCGCCCCUGCUUCCAUGGCAGAGGAAACAGGGGAGAACAGAGACGUGUCUGUACUGGACUUGCCAGAAUUGACCUUGGAAUGCAUACUAGAAAGGCUUCCGCCGGCCGGGCUAUGCAGCAUGGCUGGUGUUUGCAGUUCUUUGAGGGAGAGGUGCAAGAGUGACCACCUUUGGGAAAGGCACAUGAAACAGAAAUGGGGUAGGCUUAUGGGUCCAGCUGCUCGCCGGGAAUGGCAAUGGCAUGUUGCCUCGAGGAAGGAUUCGGGUGCCGCCGAGCGAGGCAAUCGAAGAGUUUGGAUGAGGUUUCUGUCUCGAAUCUGGCCUAUUUCGCGGAUUGUACUAAAACAGCACAGUUGCUGUGAGAGGAAGAGUUCGCAGCCAGCCAAUUCGAUCAUGUCUUGGUAUCUUGCUCUUGAGACUGGCAGGUUCUGGUUCCCUGCUCAGGUCUACAACCGCGAGAAUGGGCAUGUUGGGUUUAUGUUAUCAUGCUAUGAUGCUGAGCUUAGCUAUGAUCCCAGUACAGACACCUUCCAAGCCAGAUACCCACCACAUGGAAGGAGGGCAAUUGCAAUUGAGAAUUGUGUGCCAUGGGAGAGGCUAAGAGCCCCACCUGUUGAUACUUCUCCUCAUGAUCUUCAUAUCUCUGACUGUUUGAGUGAUUUACGCCCCGGAGAUCACAUCGAAAUUCAGUGGAGACGAAACAAAGAAUUCCCCUAUGGUUGGUGGUAUGGCGUUGUCGGUCACUUGGAAUCAUGCGAUGGGAAUGAGAAUUAUUGCCUUUGUCAUAAUAGUGACUCUGCAGUGCUAGAGUUCAACCAGUAUACCCCUGGCUCACGGUGGAGACGAACGACAAUCAGCAGAAAAGACCAUCGAGAAGAAGGGAAUGAAGCAGAUGGGUUCUAUGGCGGAAUCAGAAAGCUUCGUAGCAACAGCGAGAUUUCCACAUGGAAGCAGCUUUGGCCAACUGAAGUCUUGGAAUAGAGUCAUGUUGAAAGGUCUACUGAACACGAACAUAGAAGCCUGCAUCCCUAGUUAGUGGAUGGUUACUAAAUUUCAGCUAUCGAAGCAGCUUGUAGAAGCUGAAAAUGUGUUUCUGUUUCUGUUGCUUGAAUGUAGAGGCCAAUCCCUUCCCUCUUUUUGCAUUUCUUUUUCCUUUUUGUUUUCUUUGUUUUUGUUUUUUUCUUUUCUGUGAAUGGCAAGAGAAUUCAUGGCUAUAUUAUAUGACUUUAACACAUCCAAAUAAUGUGACAUAUUAAAAUAUACAAA